AUGGAGAGUCGUCUCUACCCCAAAUGUUCAUACGGACUCCCUGUGCCCAACCCGUGGUCAAGACUUCCAAGCCUUCACUGGUCUGAUCAGCCGCAGCCGGACACACUGACCAUUGACUGCUACACUGUUUCCAAGCUGCCUCCUCUUCAGCAGUCCUGUGAGGAGAGUGGUGCAGAAAAUUCCUCUUGUAAAGAUGAAGAAGUUGAGGCGGCGCCGGCCUGGCUCUGGACAAGUGACAGACCCAGGGUCUCCAAACGGCAUAAGAGUCACGAGCACGGCGUCCAAAGCGCCAUGACCACCCUGUUCCAGACAAUCAAGUGCGUGGUGGUGGGCGAUGGCUUAGUGGGUAAGACGUGUCUGCUCAUCUCCUACACCACCAACAAGUUCCCGUCCGAGUACGUGCCCACGGUCUUCGACAACUACGCGGUCACGGUGAUGAUCGGCUCGGAGCCGUACACCCUGGGACUCUUCGACACCGCGGGCGGGGAAGACUUAGACCGCCUGCGGCCUCUCAGUUACUCCUACACCGACGUGUUCCUCGUCUGCUUCUCGGUGGUGAGCCCGCGGUCCUUUGAAAGCGUCAAGCUCCGAUGGGUCCCGGAGAUCGUUCACCACUGCCCCAGGACCCCCUUCCUGCUGGUCGGCACCCAGAUUGAGCUGAGGGACGAGCCUUUCAUUCUGGAGAACCUCGCCAGGAACAAACAGAAGCCCGUCACCCGGGAGGCGGCCGAGAAGCUGACCCGAGACCUGAACGCCGUCACAUACGUGGAGUGCUCGGCGCUCACCCAGAAGGGCCUGAAGAACGUGUUUGACAAGGCCAUCCUGGCCGCCCUGGAGCCCCCGGAAGCCAGGAAGAGCCGCAAGUGUGAGCUGCUUUGA